GAGGGGGAGAAGGGGGAGGCAGCAGCUGGAGGCGACACAGAGAGAGAGAAGCAACAGUGUGAGGACGACAAGAAGAAGAAAAGGUAAACAUGGGAAAUGCAGACAGUCACAGCACCGUCGUCGCAGCUGCCCCACCCUCCUGCUCACUCAGGUUCUCUUCCAAGGGGGACGAGGUGCCUUCUGCUCGCAGCUGGUGGAGGAGCAACCAGGCGGGCGGCAGGAGCCGUGGGGGGAGGAGCCUCAAGCAGACUCCUCAGAGGAGCAGCAGGGGGAGCGGCAGGAGCACAUUGGGACGCGUGGACAGCGGUGCAGAAGGUUCCGGUGUCUGUGGCGAGCGGACAUCUCAGGAGGGCGGUGGCAGCCCCAAAGUGCUGCUCAGCAAAGAUGGCAGCACGAGGGUGGAGUUCACCAACAGCAGGGUGGUUGCCAUGGAGCCUGAGGGUUUCACCUCCAUCACCACCACAGCUGCAGCCGCUGCAGUCCCAGAUCCCUCGCUCUGCACCAGUAAAGGGAGCUUGCUCAGCUCUGACGGCUCCUGGUACGACUCACCAUGGGGGGGCAGUGCUGAGCUCGUUGACAAUGGGAUUUUCUGCCGGCGGAGUGCGGAUCCCAGCAGCGGCUAUGCCACAUACGCCUCCCAUCGCUCAGAAAACACUGCCACCAGCGACGGCACCUACACCACAAUCUUCUCAGCUCGGGUGGAGAACAUCUCACCUGGAUUUAACUCCACCCCCCUCUUUCCCACUGCAGACACAGACACUGCAGGUUACACCACCUGUUCCUCUGGUCGGACUGAGGACAGUGGCAUCGGAGACUCUCUGAUCCUGCCGCCAGACUUGAUGAAUUUAAACCUGAUUUCAUUACCUGCUGCAUUGAUAGACAUCGGUGUUUACAGCAGCCACAACGCGCUGCCCGCCUUCCCCACGGUUCCUGACACUCCCCACACCUCCUUCUCCUCCACCACUCCAUGUUUAGAUGAUGUCAUUCAGGAGGAGCAGGAUGCGGGUGGAGCUGUGGGGCAGCGUUACUCCUCGCUCACUCUGCCGUGCCGCAGGUCUGAGCCCAUCUGCAGCACUACCACCAGGAACAACCGCAAAGACUUCUUAAAGAGUCGAAUCCAACAACUGAGUGACUGGACAGGAAGUCUGAGCAGAAAGAAGAGGCGGAUCCAGGAGCCUUAUGGUGGGGAGUCCACCGAUGUUUUCACUAACAGGCUGACCGGGGGGCUGGUCAGCAGUGGCGCAGUGUGGUCAUCUGACCAACUUCACACCAUGAACUACUUCCCUGUCGUAAACCCGAGCAGCAACGAUCAGCGGCAGAACAUCUAUGAGAACUUCAUGCAGGAGUUGGAGACGAGCUGUGGUGGAGCAACUAACCACACUGAGCCUUCAGAGGGGGAGGAGGAGGAUGAAGAGGAGAUAGAUGGUGAAGUGAAGUUAGGUGGAGGAGAGCAGCUGGACCUCCUGCUGGAGAAGGAGCAGGGUGUGGUGCGACGGGCUGGCUGGCUCUCCUUCAAAGCACUCAUCACCAUCAGCAAGGACGGAAAAGUAGAGCUGGUCGCCCGCCGCAAGUGGAGGAAUUACUGGGUCACACUGAAAGGUUGUACUCUGCUCUUUCAUGAAACGUACGGGAGGGGCGGCGGCGGUGAACACGAACUUUCUCCUCACUACGCCCUGCUGGCUGAAGACAGCAUCGUCCAGGCCAUCCCCGAACAUCCCAAGAAAGAACACGUGUUCUGUCUGAGCAACUCGUACGGAGACGUUUACCUGUUUCAGGCGACCAACCAGACAGACCUGGAGAACUGGGUGACCGCCGUCCACUCGGCCAGCGCUGCCCUGCUGGCGAGACAACAGGGCAAAGAGGACACGCUGCGUCUCCUGCGCGUCCAGAGCCGCUCGCUGCUGCACAAGAUCGACAUGGACGGGAAGAUGAAGAAGAUGGCGGAGCUGCAGCUGUCCAUCAUCAAGGAGCACAAGAACAGGAAGGCCGUGGAGAGCCAGAUCCAGCAGUGGGACCAGAACUUGGAGAAAUUGAACCUGGAUCUGUUCAGACUCAGGUGUUACCUGUCCAGCCUGCAGGGCGGCGAACUUCCCAACCCCAAGAGCCUCCUUGCCGUCGUCAGCCGGGCCUCCAAGAGCACGCUGGGACGUCUGGGCGUCUUCUCUGUGUCCUCGUUUCACGCACUGGUGUGCAGCAGAGACGAGGAGGUCCUGCGGCGGCGGCGGCGGCGCUCCCUGUCAGGAGGAAACAGUAAGAGGCGGAGCCUGCUGUCCUCACUGAAGACUCUGGACAAACACAACCUGAACACAACAUCAACAUCAUCUCAGGUGUGGGACGAGCCGUCCGUCCCCGUCCUCGGUGUCUUCUCUCUGCUUCUGUCUCGACCUGACGCUCAGGACUUCGGGCUGGCGGUGACGGGUCACGUGGACGGUGUCGGGAAGAGUCGCGUCUACGUCAGUGAGGUGGACCCGCGAGGACUCUCGGCCUUAGAAGGCCUCAGGGUCGGAGACCAGGUUCUGGCAGUGAACGGGGCCUCUGUGUCUGCACUGGACCUGCACCUGCUGCAGAAUCUGUUCACCCACCAGAGGCUCCACCUGCUUCUGAGGAGAGACGCGUCACAUGACCCAGAGGUCGAGCCCGCCCCCACCACCGCCACCGCCGCCUGGCCUGAACCCGCUGACACAACUACCUGGGCCACAGAUGACUCAUCUCUCAGUGACUUCGCCCCGCCUCCAGCGUUUGAUGACAUCACUUUGUGUGCAAGCGGCGAGUCAACAGAACAGAACAUGGACAGGGUCUACUCUCUGCUCCAAAGUUUCCCAGAAGGCCGAGCUGCAGACGCCGAUGUUCCCAAGAACCCGUACGAUAGAGAGGCCGUCUUUCAGCCAGCAAGCCCCGCCCACCUGAGUGUGUGUCAACGGCUGCGCAAAGUCAUCGAGGAACUGGUCGACACCGAGAAGUCGUACGUCAAGGACCUGGUGUGUUUGCUUGACCUUUACUUGACUCCACUGCAGAAUGAGACGUUCCUCAGUAAAGAAGAGAUGGAGGCACUGUUUGGCAGUUUGCCUGAGAUGUUGGACUUUCAGAGAGUUUUUCUUCAGACGUUGGAGGAAAAAAUCAUGUCAUGUCCGAACUUUAGUCGCCUGGAAAAACCCGAACACUUCAAGAAACUCCUCUUCUCAUUGGGCGGAUCGUUCCUUUAUUACGCCGACCACUUCAAACUCUACAGCGGCUUCUGUGCCAAUCACAUCAAAGUCCAGAAGGUUCUGGAACGAGCAAAAACCGACGACGACUUCAAACGCUUCCUGGAGACGAGAAAUCCGACCAAUCAGCACUCAACGUGUCUGGAGUCGUUUCUGAUCAAACCUGUUCAAAGAGUUCUCAAGUAUCCACUGUUAUUGAGAGAACUGAUGGUUCUGACCCAACGGGAGAGUCCAGAACACACUCACCUGACAGAGGCUCUGCGAGCGAUGGAGAAGGUGGCGACUCACAUCAACGAGAUGCAGAAGAUCUACGAGGACUUUGGCUGCGUGUUUGAGCAGCUAGCUGCGGAGCAGAGCGGCCGCGACAAACAGGUGAGCGACAUCUCGAUGGGUGAGUUCCUGGUCCGUUCUUCGGCGGUAUGGUUGAACCCUCUGCCCUCUCUUGGUCGCAUGAGGAAAGAGCCAGAACUCACGUUGUUUGUGUUCAAACGAGCCGUCAUCCUGGUUUAUCGAGAGAACAGCAAACUGAAGAAGAGGAUGAACGCCGUCCGCUCAGCUGAUCCGGAUCCCCUCAGGUUCUGCUGGUUAAUCCCACCGUCAGCGGUCCAGGUCAGACCGGCCAAAACCACAGGUUCAGAGAGCGCGUGUGUGUGGGAGCUGGUUCACAGCAGGUCAGAGGUCGAGGGACAUCCAGAGACAGUGUUUCAGCUCCGCAGCAGUGGUCUGGAGUCGAAGGCGUCUGUCCUACGUUCGCUGCGUUCCGUCCUCAAAGAGCGAGCGUCCGUCGGCUCCCUGAGGAGGACCAGGCUGUCCACGGCUGAGAGGAGGAGACAACAGAGGAGUCGUGUCCACGGCCACAGGGCGACUCGUCCACUGGAGGACAGGUGCAUGCUGGGAGAGACGUGCUCGGAGCCGCUGCUGCCCAGUCACGCCACGUGUGACGUAGCGGGGAAGAAAAGCAGACUCUGCUCGCUGACCUCUGACCUGGAGGCUCAGCUGCAGAGGCUGAACUUCACCGAGGAGGAGGUGGAGCCAGGAGCAGCCAAUCACAGCGACAGCCACAAGGUGGCGGAGAAGAGGCGGAGUUCCAGUCUGCAGCGAGGAGACACCAAAGACGCCAGCAGUGAGAGACACUUCAGAGUGACGCCUGUCCACACGUCCACAGAGUGACGUCUGUGUUUUUGCUAAUUUAUUUUUUUAAUGUUUUUUUACGUCUUUUUUUAUUGACUCGAUGUCGUCCAAUAAAUGAUUUUUCCAUUA